CUCGCAUGUACUGGCUGUGAGGGGUGAAAUGGCCUGGCGAAUCAGCGACGGAGAAAAGGAUGAGGGAGACUUCAAAUAUUUAUUUUUUAUUUACUAAUAAGAUAAGUAAUCCGAUUAAAGUGUGUAUGGUUAAAUGGGAGUUGUGUACAGACGCCCGGCAUUCAAUUGCAAGUAAACAUAUCGGAUCCUGAAACAUAGCCGAGAUGCCAGUUGAUCUGAAUGGGUAUUGGAAAAUGAUCUCCAAUGACAACUUUGAGGAGUACAUGAAAGCCCUCGAUGUAAAUGUUGCCAUUAGAAAAAUUGCCAACUUGUUGAAGCUCGACAAGGACAUCAUUCUCGAUGGCGACCACGUGAUCAUUAAGACAAUCAGUACAUUCAAGAACUACAACAUGGAUUUUUAUAUUGGGAAGGAGUUUGAGGAGGACCUGUCUGGCGUCGAUGACCGAAAAUGCAUGACCACUGUCUCCUGGGAUGGGGACAAGCUGGUGUGUGUCCAGAAGGGAGAGAAGGAGGGCCGAGGCUGGACCCACUGGGUGGAGGGAGACCAGCUUCAUCUGGAGCUGAGGGUUUGUGGGGUCGUUUGCAAGCAGGUCUUUCAGAAAAUCUAAACAAACAGUGGUACAACAGAAGGACACAGACACCACCCAUGACUGUAAAGGAGAACUGCCAAAUUCACUCAUCCAUCCGUUCAUCCAUCCAUUUAGUCAACCAGCUUUCCUGAAGUCCAUCCAACCUUUCAGAUGUAUUUCCACCCAGACUGCUGCCUUUCUUCACCAAAGUCAGAGUGUCCCCAACAGGGCUGAUGGACAACUAAGGGAAAUGACUGGGUCCAUCACCACUGAUCAGAAUGUUGUAGGUUCUCAUUUACUUUGUAGGAAGUUGUGGUAGGUGUUUUCCGAUUUAGUGCCUGAAAAUAUCUGAUGCUGGACUUAUCAUAACUGGAGGUGAACUUGACCGGCAGGAAGGAAGACUUUAAGCCCACUAACUUCUGGCCCCAGUGAGACGCAACAUGAGAGAAACUGUGAAAUUAUUCAUACUAACAAAUUGUGAUGCUAAGCUGUGGGGUUUUUUUUCAGGAUGCGUAAAGGAAUGGAAAAUAAAUGUGUGUUUAAAAGGAUAUAUUAAAAUACAUACUGUACAUAGAUGUAAAA